AUGGAUGUCAAAGACCGCAGACACCGCUCCUUGACACGAGGCCGGUGUGUGAAGGAGUGCCGGUACACAAGUUCCUCGCUGGACAGCGAAGAGUGCAGGGUGCCUACACAGAAGUCCUAUAGCUCAACUGAAACUCUGAAAGCAUACGAUCAUGAUGCUAGACUGCAUUAUGGGAGUCGUGUCACAGAGUUGGUUCACAGGGAAUCAGAUGAAUUCUCCAGACAAGGAGCCAAUUUCACACUGACAGAACUGGGAAUCUGUGAGCCCUCCCCUCACCGCAGCACUGCUUAUUGUCCAGACAUGGGGCUCCUCCAUCGUGGAUAUUCCCUGAGCGACGCUGACUCUGACACAGAAGGUGCCAUUUCUCCAGAGCAUGCUAUUAGGUUAUGGGGGAGGGGCAUCAAAUCCAGACGAAGCUCAGGGCUGUCCAGUCGAGAGAAUUCAGCCCUCACAUUGACUGAUUCAGAGAACGAAAAGGAUUCUGAUGAGGAAGCAGGUCGUCCCAUCCCACAUUCAUCAUCGCCCAGCCACCCAUUUGCCCAGCAGACCAGCACCCAUCUUUCAUCAUCUAGUGUGAAAGACUACCAAAUGCCAUUGCUUGACAGCAGCGUCUCUCAUCCAGCUCUCGAGUCCAACCCUAAUGAAGAGUUCGCCAUAAACUCAUACCUAUUGCGAGCAGGUUCUGGUGCACUGCCACCCCCCAGUAAUGGUCCUCCAAACCAUCACAGCCAGUCCACUCUACGGCCUCCUCUUCCACCACCUCACAACCAGACACUCUCACAUCACCACUCGUCGGCCAACUCCCUCAACAGAAACUCUUUGACAAACAGGAGGAACCAGAUUCAUGCCCCUUCUGCUGCGCCCAAUGAGCUGCCUACCACACCAGAGUCUGUUCAGCUGCAGGACAGCUGGGUUCUGAAUAGCAACGUGCCACUAGAGACAAGGCACUUUCUUUUUAAGACUUCUUCUGGGACAACACCUCUGUUCAGUACAUCCACGCCUGGCUAUCCUUUAACCUCUGGUACUGUCUACUCUCCACCUCCACGCCUUUUGCCGCGAAGCACCUUCUCCCGAAAUGCUUUCAAACUUAAGAAGCCAUCGAAGUACUGUAGCUGGAAGUGUGCUGCCUUGUGUGCUAUCGCUGCUUCAGUAGUACUGGCUAUAGUCCUGGCAUAUUUCAUUGUAGGCUGGUCUGUGAAAAACAGCAGCAUUGAUUUGGGAGACGUGGAUAUUGGUCGAAGAGUGUCACAGGAAGUACCUCCAGGAGUUUUCUGGAGAUCCCAGUUAUACAUAGAGCGGCCACAAUUUGUCAAGUUUAAUGUCUCUCUGGGAAAGGAUGCACUCUUUGGCUUAUACAUACGGAAAGGUCUUCGUCCUUCACACACUCAGUAUGAUUUCAUGGAGCGUCUUGAUGGCAAGGAGAAGUGGAGCAUGAUGGAGUCACCACGUGAUCGGAGAAGCAUCCAGACCUUAGUCAUCAAUGAAGCUGCAUUUGUUCAGUACCUGGAUUCAGGAACAUGGCAUCUUGCUUUCUACAAUGAUGGGAAAGAAAAGGAACAGAUUUCUUUCAAUACUGCUGUUCUAGAUUCUGUGCAGGAGUGUCCUCACAAUUGCCAUGGCAAUGGAGAGUGUGUGUCCGGCGUUUGUCACUGCUUCCCAGGAUUCCAUGGGGCUGACUGUGCAAAAGCUGCUUGCCCUGUACUGUGCAGUGGUAACGGUCAAUACUCCAAGGGGAACUGCAUCUGCUACAGCGGCUGGAAGGGAGCGGAGUGUGAUGUCCCUGCCAGUCAGUGCAUUGACCCUGCAUGCGGAGGCCAUGGGACCUGCACCGCGGGAACCUGUGUCUGCUCUGCAGGCUUCAAAGGCGAGAACUGCGAGGAAGUGGACUGUUUGGAUCCAACGUGCUCAAAUCAUGGAGUUUGUGCCCAAGGGGAUUGUCACUGUAGCCCAGGUUGGGGUGGAUUAAAUUGUGAAAUCCCUAGAGCUCAGUGCCCAGAUCAGUGUACAGGACAUGGCACCUACAUUCCAGAAACAGGCCUCUGUAGCUGUGACCCAAGCUGGAUAGGCCCAGACUGCUCAGUUGAAGUGUGCUCUGUGGACUGUGGUACCCAUGGCGUCUGCAUUUCUGGUGUGUGCCGAUGUGAGGAUGGCUGGACAGGUAUGGCGUGUGAUCAGAGAGUUUGUCAUCCUCGCUGUGCAGAGCAUGGGACCUGCAAAGAUGGAAAGUGUGAAUGCCGAGAGGGCUGGAAUGGAGAGCACUGCACCAUUGGUAGGGAACAAGAUGGCUGCCCUGAUCUGUGUAAUGGCAAUGGGAGAUGCACCCUCAGCCAGAACAGUUGGCACUGUGUCUGCCAGACAGGCUGGCGAGGACCAGGAUGCAAUGUUGCAAUGGAGACAUCUUGUACAGAUGGCAAAGACAAUGAAGGAGAUGGACUGAUCGAUUGCAUGGAUCCAGACUGCUGCCUUCAGUCCAACUGCCAGUCUAACCCACUUUGUCAUGGUUCACAUGACCCUCUUGACAUCAUUCAGCAGAACCAAUGGGAACUCUCGACUCAAGUUGUGAGGUCAUUUUAUGAUCGCAUUAAGCUCCUAGUGGGCAAAGAUAGAACUCACAUCAUCCCGGGGGAUAACCCAUUCAAUGGCAGCUUAGCUUCACUCAUCAGAGGACAAGUCUUUACAAAGGACGGAACACCAUUGGUUGGAGUUAACGUAUCGUUUGUCAAAUAUCCUCAAUAUGGGUACACAAUCACUCGUCAGGAUGGCACGUUUGAUUUGAUUGCAAAUGGCGGUGCAUCACUUACUUUGCACUUUGAGCGUGCUCCAUUCCUAAGUCAAGAGCGCACAGUCUGGCUUCCAUGGAACACAUUCUAUGCCAUGAAUACUCUUGUGAUGAAGACUGAAGAAAACACUAUUCCAAGCUGUGAUCUGAGUGGGUUUGUGCGACCUGAACCAAUUCUUGUCUCUUCACCACUUUCAACUUUCUUUAGUUCUUCUCCUGAGCAGAACCCUAUUAUUCCUGAGACCCAAGUUCUACAUGAAGCAGUUGAAAUCCCAGGCUCCAGCUUGAAGUUGUGCUACUUGAGCUCUCGUACUGCUGGCUACAAGUCCCUUUUGAAAGUCACAAUGACUCAAUCCAUUGUGCCAAUCAAUUUAAUUAAGGUCCAUCUGAUGGUGGCUGUGGAAGGACAUCUCUUUCAGAAAUGGUUCCAUGCAUCUCCUAACCUAGCCUACACAUACAUAUGGGACAAAACUGACGCCUACAGUCAAAAGGUCUACGGUCUCUCAGAAGCUGUCGUUUCUGUUGGAUACGAAUAUGAAUCUUGUCCAAACCUUAUCCUAUGGGAGAAGAGAACUGCCCUGCUGCAGGGCUACGAACUGGAUCCAUCCAACCUGGGGGGUUGGUCACUGGAUAAGCAUCAUGCUUUGAAUGUAAAAAGUGGUGUCUUGCACAAGGGAAAUGGUGAAAACCAGUUUUUAUCCCAGCAGCCAGCAGUGAUUAACAGCAUCAUGGGAAAUGGACGCAGGCGAAGCAUCUCCUGCCCCAGUUGCAAUGGCCUCGCUGAUGGAAACAAGCUGCUGGCCCCUGUGGCUUUGGCUGUUGGUAUUGAUGGCAGUCUGUACAUUGGAGAUUUCAACUUUAUCAGACGUGUUUUUCCUGCCAAAAAUGUCACCAGUAUCCUGGAGCUGAGAAAUAAAGAUUUUAGACAUAGCAACAACCCCGCCCAUAAAUACUUCAUGGCGGUUGAUCCUGUCACAGGGGCACUGUAUAUCUCGGAUACAAACAGUCGUCAGAUCAUCCGCAUCAAGAGUCUCAAUGGAGCAAGGGAUCUUGCUGCCAAUUCGGAAGUGGUAGCAGGGACUGGAGAGCAGUGCCUGCCAUUUGAUGAAGCCAGAUGCGGUGAUGGGGGGAAGGCAGUUGAAGCUACGCUGAUGAGCCCCAGAGGGAUAGCAGUGGAUAAGAAUGGACUGAUGUAUUUUGUCGAUGCAACCAUGAUUAGGAAAGUUGACCAAAAUGGAAUUAUUUCCACAUUGCUUGGUUCCAAUGACUUAACAGCAAUUCGCCCUCUGAGCUGUGAUUCUAGCAUGGAUGUAAGCCAGGUACGAUUAGAAUGGCCAACGGAUCUUGCCAUCAAUCCAAUGGAUAACUCUCUUUAUGUCCUGGAGAAUAAUGUCAUUCUGCGGAUUACUGAGAACCACCAGGUCAGCAUAAUAGCUGGCCGACCCAUGCACUGUCAGGUCCCUGGCAUAGAUUACUCACUCAGCAAGCUGGCCAUUCACUCUGCACUGGAAUCUGCCAGUGCCAUUGCUGUCUCCCACACAGGCAUACUUUACAUUGCAGAAACUGAUGAGAAGAAGAUAAACCGUGUAAGGCAGGUGACAACCAAUGGGGAAAUCUCCCUGCUGGCAGGGAUGGCAUCAGACUGCGACUGUAAGAAUGAUGUUAACUGUGACUGUUUCUCAGGGGAUGAUGGUUAUGCAACAGAUGCCAAGCUGAAUUCUCCAUCCUCGCUUGCAGUCUCACCAGACGGGACUAUUUUCAUUGCUGACCUGGGGAACAUUCGCAUCAGAGCAGUUAACCAAAACAAGCCACAAAUGAACUCGAUGAGCUUAUAUGAGGUUGCUUCAGCAGCUGAGCAGGAGCUAUAUGUUUUCAAUUCAAAUGGGUUACACCAGUACACAAUGAGCUUGGUCACCGGUGACUACAUAUACAAUUUCUCCUACAGCCCAGAUAAUGACAUUAUGGAAGUAACUGACAACAAUGGAAACACUUUAAGGAUCCGAAGGGAUAGCAAUGGGGUGCCACGGCAUCUGGUGUCAGACAACCAGGCAUCUUCCCUGACCAUUGAUGCUAAUGGAAAGCUAAAGACAGUAGUAAUAAAGAACCAGGAGCUAAUUGUGCUUACGUACAACGGGAAUAGUGGCCUCCUGGCAACUAAAACUGAUGACAUUGGUUGGACAACCUUUUUUGAUUAUGACAGUGUAGGAAGACUGACAAAUUUGACACGUCCCACUGGUGUAGUGACAAGCUUGCAUCGGGAAAUGGAGAAGUCAAUCAAUAUUGACAUUGAAACUUCUAACCGAGAAGAUGAUGUUACUGUCACCACUAAUCUUUCUUCAGUAGAUGCAUCAUAUACCCUGGUUCAAGAUCAAGUGAGAAACAGUUAUCAGCUUUGCAACAAUGGCACACUUCGAGUGAUGUAUGCAAAUGGAAUGGGUGUCAGCUUUUAUAGUGAACCUCAUAUCCUUGCUGGGACUAUAAGUCCCACAGUUGGACGGCGCAAUAUCACUCUACCAGUGGAAAAUUGGUUGAACUCCAUCGAAUGGCGCCUCAGGAAGGAACAGACCAAGGGAAAAGUGAUCAUGUUUGGAAGGAAACUUAGGUUGCAUGGACGAAACUUGCUUUCCAUUGAUUUUGAUCGCAAUUCCCGGACAGAGAAGAUUUAUGAUGAUCAUCGAAAAUUCACGUUGAGGAUUAUUUAUGAUGCAUUGGGUCGUCCCACAAUUUGGCUCCCAAGCAGUGGUCUAGCUGCAGUUAAUGUCUCUUAUUCGUCUACUGGGAAAGUAAUUGGAGUUCAACGUGGUGCAAUGAGUGAGAAAACUGAUUAUGAUGAAAAGGGCAGGAUUAUAUCCCGCAUUUUCUCUGAUGGAAAAGUCUGGAGCUACGCUUACCUUGACAAAUCUGUGGUGUUACUUCUCCAGAGUCAACGGCAAUAUAUCUUUGAAUUUGACCAAACAGGUCGUCUCCAUGCAGUCACAAUGCCCAGCGUAGCCAGGCAUACCAUGUCAACUCAUAAUUCUAUUGGUUACAUCCGCAACAUCUACCAUCCUCCUGAAAGCAAUGCUUCGAUGAUAUUCGAUUUCACAACAGAAGGUCGAAUCCUAAAGUCUGCCUACUUGGGCACUGGGCGCCAGGUGUUCUAUAAAUACGGAAAGUUGUCCAAGCUCUCUGAGGUCCUUUAUGAUAGCACCGCUGUCACUUUUGGUUAUGAUGAGUCAACAGGUGUGCUUAAAAUGGUCAACUUGCAAAGCGGUGGGUUCUCUUGCACAAUCCGAUAUAGGAAAAUUGGUCCUCUGAUUGACAGGCAAAUCUAUAGAUUCUCUGAGGAAGGCAUGGUAAAUGCACGGUUUGAUUAUACCUAUCACGACAACAGCUUUCGAGUUGCUAGCAUGAAGCCCAUUAUCAGUGAAACACCACUUCCUGUUGACUUAUACCGUUAUGAUGAGAUAUCAGGAAAAGUUGAGCAUUUUGGGAAGUUUGGAGUAAUAUAUUAUGAUAUAAAUCAGAUCAUUACUACAGCUGUAAUGACCUUGAGUAAGCAUUUUGAUACUCAUGGACGCAUCAAAGAAGUUCAGUAUGAGAUAUUCAGGUCACUUAUGUACUGGAUGACAGUUCAGUAUGACAGCAUGGGCAGAGUCAUUAAGAGAGAGAUUAAGCUUGGCCCUUAUGCAAAUACUACCAAAUAUACAUAUGACUAUGAUGGAGAUGGGCAGUUGCAGACUGUUGCUGUGAAUGACAAGAUAAUCUGGCGCUACAGUUAUGACUUAAAUGGAAACUUGCACCUGUUGAACCCUGGAAGUAGCAUUCGCCUCAUGCCAUUACGUUAUGAUCUAAGAGACCGCAUUACCCGGCUUGGAGAUGUACAAUACAAGUUUGAUGAGGAUGGUCUUCUUUCUCAGCGAGGCUCUGAUAUAUUUGAAUACAGCUCUAAGUGUCUGCUUACUCGCGUUUACAGCAAAACGAAUGGGUGGAGUGUGCAAUACCACUAUGACGGUUUGGGACGUAGAGUCUCCAGCAAAACUAACUUUGGCCAGCAUCUGCAGUUCUUCUAUUCAGAUCUUAACAACCCUACCAGGGUAACCCAUGUUUAUAAUCACUCCAGUUCAGACAUCACUUCCCUAUAUUAUGAUCUCCAGGGUCAUCUCUUUGCCAUGGAGAUCAGUAGUGGCGAAGAAUUCUAUAUUGCUUCAGAUAACACUGGAACACCUUUAGCAGUCUUCAGCAGUAGAGGCCUAAUGAUCAAGCAACUUCAAUAUACUGCCUAUGGUGAAAUUUACCAUGAUUCUAACCCAGACUUCCAACUAAUAGUGGGAUUCCAUGGUGGCUUGUAUGACUCUCUGACAAAGUUGGUACAUUUCAGCCAGAGAGACUAUGACGUCUUAGCUGGACGUUGGACGGCUCCAGAUUAUUCCAUUUGGAAUGAUAUUGGCAAAGACCCUGCACCCUUUAACUUAUACAUGUUCAAAAACAACAAUCCUCUCAGCAAUGUGCAUGAUGUUGAAGAUUACGUUACAGAUGUAAAAAGCUGGCUUGUGAUGUUUGGAUUUCAACUGUACAACAUUAUUCCCGGAUUCCCUAAACCAGCAGUUCGUUUUGCAGCACCACCUUAUGAACUAGUGGAGAGCCAAGAACGUGACAAUGUACAGUUUAUUUCAGGGGUUCAGCAAGCAGCAGAAAGGCUCAAUAACGCUUUUAUGGCACUGGAAGGAUGCUCCCUCCCGAAAUUCUCCAGAGUAGGUCACAAGGAUAGGUCAGGACACUGGUUUUCAGCCACUAAUUCCAUCAUUGGAAAAGGAAUAAUGUUUGCUGUCAAGGAAGGCAGAAUAACAACAGGUGUGACCACCCUUGCAAGCGAAGACAGUCGGAAAAUAGCCUCGAUUCUUAACAACGCAUAUUAUUUGGACAAAAUGCAUUACACUAUCAAUGGGAGAGAUUCACACUAUCUUGUGAAAAUUGGUUCAUCGGAUGGAGACCUGGCAACUUUGGGCAUGACAAGUGGUCGAAAAGUCCUGGAGAAUGGAAUUAACAUCACAGUUUCGCAGCCGACAAUUCUACUUAAUGGAAGGACUCGAAGGUUCACAAAUAUUGAACUUCAGUACAGUGCACUGUUGCUAAAUAUUCGCUAUGGAAUUACACCAGAUACAUUGGAGGAGGAAAGAGCAAGGCUGCUGGACCAGGCCAGACUAAGAGCUCUGGCGAAUGCCUGGACUAAAGAACAGCAGAAGGCAAGGGAUGGCAAGGAAGGAAACCGGCUGUGGACUGAAGGAGAGAAACAACAACUGCUGAACUCUGGAAGAGUUCAAGGAUAUGAUGGGUACUAUGUAUUGCCUGUGGAACAGUACCCAGAGCUGGCAGACAGCCCCACCAAUAUUCAGUUCCUGAGACAGAAUGAGAUGGGAAAGAGGUAACAAAACCGAACUGCUGUCAUCUCUGGCAAGAGCUGGAAGGGUGAUCACAAUCACUAUCUCCUCUCCUAAGGAGAUGGAAACUCUAAAGGGGACUGAAAGUAAGUGACUUUGGGAACUGAAGAAAAGAUUCAAAUUCAUGUUAAAUGAGUUUUCGUCUUGUUCUUCAGCAUGUGAGGACUCUCUGGAGUGGACUGGGACCCAAAGAGAAAACUAUUUACUUGACAAGUACCCCUUUUUAUAGGAUAGCUCAGGUCCUCUGGGCUUAUACUGAAAAAAAGACAAAUCUCUCUUCUUGACUCAGUAAACUUACUGCCUCAUGGGUGUCUCGGUUAAAAGACUUGAGUCCAAAAUGCCCAUCUUGAAUGAAACAGGAACUUCAUAGUUGCAACCUUUUGUAAUAUAUGGCCUGAAGGAAAGCUUGUUUGAAUAUACCAGAAAUGUACUAAUCUGUUGAAGCCUGGGCCAGACUUCUUACACUGAUGUAUUGUUUUGUUUAUUGCCAUAGCAACUGUAGUGGACACAGUAAGCCUUGGAGGUUAUAGU